AUGGAGGAGGAGCUGAAAGCAUUCUUCGAAGACUGUCGAAGGCAGGAGUUUUCUGAGAAGGAAAUGCUGACUAUAUGUCAGCCCUUGAUUUGGAGAAUUCGCCUGGCUAGGAUUAUAAAAUGGUGCUUUUUUCUAUUGCCCUUGGUGGUUAUAUAUCUGCUUUGGUUAUAUAGCGAUUCCUUCGCUUGGUCGGUGAGUGCUGUCGGUCGUUUGUUGCUCAUUCAGAUCCUCCCGCUCUGGGAUUGGACACCCUACUACAAUGCCAAGUGCCUGAUUUCAAGAGUGGAGAGUGUCCAGGAGCCUCCACCUCCACUGGGUAAACUUGAGACUCAGUGGCAGAACUGUGCUCUAUGUGAAGCUUUGGAGGGCAUAGCAACUGCUUCAAAUGUCAGUUACUCCACCGUGGAAUCGGAGUACCUAGAUCGGGGUUUACCAGUCAUUAUAACAGAUAGUGGAUUGAAAAUGGAUGUCCCCAAUCUCCUAGAGCUCAUAGAGGAGAAGUCUCCUCAGUGGAUUUCCAGUGAUCCCUGUGAUGUUUCCAGUAGUCUCAUGCUGAGAAAGCUAUUUAAUCUAGAGGCGGCUCUUGGCAAGAUUCGCUCGUGGCAAGGACAGACCUCAAACACUUGGCACCUUCAGCUAAGAAACUGCCAGAAGAAGGCGGUAAAGUUCUCCCGACUAUUCCUGGAACGUCCCUACUACUAUCCUUACCACCUGGCUCCGUACUACUCCAGCUGGCUACUGGCAGUCCAUCAGCAAAGGCGAAAGCAGGCCGAGAUUUACGUUCGCGGGUUGGUUUUCAUGCAGCAACUAAGUGGGCACUUCGAAGUGGUCCUGCAACCCAAGAACCCCUGCGAUAAGGGAGUGUGUCCAAGCCUUCGAAUGCGCCUGAAUGCAGGGGAGGGUCUGAUCUUCACCACGGAUAUUUGGAGCCUGAGUUAUGGUCUGGAGAAACCUCACACCAAGCAAACCUCGCUGGCCAGCAUAUUCGAAGUUGAGUGGCAGUCGUAAACGUUUUUGAUUAGUUGGCCGAAAUUGUAUUUACACACACAACUAGAUACAGACAAAUA